AUGUGCAGUCUUCCGCAGUUAUCUGCUCCUAAUCUUAAGAAUUUGGUAACCAUCACUCUUUCUUCCCCUGAGGAUUAUCUUUUAUGGAAAACUCAAAUUACUUGCCUACUGUUGUCUCAUCAAUUACUUGGUCUUGUUGAUGGUACUGCUAUUAUUCCUCUUGCUACCGUACUUGAUGAAUAUGGUAAUUCUGUUCCUAAUGUGCACUUUUAUGAAUAUCUGCGUAUUUUGAUCAGCAAAUUACAAUCUCGGUUCAUGCAUGCAAGUAUGGCUCGUUCUAUAGAGUUAAAGGGACGUUUGACUCAUGUUAAAAAGAACGAAUCUCAAUCUAUGGAUGGUUAUUUAAGGGAAAUAAAGGUGAUUGUUGAUUCUCUUGCUGCUAUUCAGUGUCCUGUGUCGAACCAGGAUAUAGUGCAGUAUACUCUUUUUGGUCUGGAUCAUGAUUUUGAAUAUGAUCAUAUUGUUACUACAUUGCUGCAUUAUCCCUUCCAUAUUAAUUUUGAUGAUCUAAGACCUAAGUUGCUCCUUCAUGAACAACGAUUGAAAAAUUCGAGGGAUGGAUCUGAUUCCUCCUCUCAUCAUGCCUUACUUGCUGUUUAA